AUGGACCACUUCCCAACAAACUGGGGUAACCCCCGCUCAGAGGACGUUGACAGCUACAACACCUACCCCGUCGCAUCCAACAGCGGCACCGUCCCCCACAGCGUCCGCGAAAUUGCUGGAUUCGGUCAUGCCGGCGGACACCCUACAUCCCAUACCCAGCAGCCAGUGGUGACAGGAACGUCGGUAUUGGGAAUCAAGUACAAGGGCGGAGUCAUGAUGGCAGCAGACAACUUGGCCUCGUACGGAUCUUUGGCCCGCUUCCGCGACGUCGAGCGUUUGCACCAGGUCGCCGACUUUACAGUCCUCGGCGCCUCUGGCGACAUGUCCGACUACCAAUACGUCAAGCACCUCCUCGACUCCCAGAUGAUCAAGGAAUACAACGCAGAUGAUGGCCACACGUUAGCGACUCCCAACAUUUACGAAUACUUGUGGCGCGUCAUGUACAACCGUCGUUCAAAGAUGAACCCUCUCUGGAACACCUUUGUCCUCGGAGGCGUCCACAAGGGCGAAGGCUUUCUGGGAGCAAUUGAUUUGAAGGGAACACCUUACCAGUCACCUUCGAUCGCGACUGGAUUCGGCUCGCACUUGGCCCAGCCCAUCUUGCGCAAGGAGAUUGAGAACCGUGGCGGCGAGGAAAACAUCACCGAGGAGGACGCAACACAGAUCUUGAAGAAGUGUAUGAAGGUCCUCUUCUACAGAGACGCCAGGAGCAUGAACAAGUUCCAAUUGGCAACGAUCUCGGCAGAGGGCGUAAAGAUCUCGGAGCCCAUGUCAGUCGAAACGGAAUGGGCCUUUGCCGAGAAGAUUCGUGGCUAUGGUGCUUAA